GGCAGACGGGGGCUCUGCAUGCUGAGAGGCAAAGCUGUCUUGGCUGAAGAAGGACAGGUCUGAUUCUAGGAAGAAGAGCAAAAAAGAGAAGGAGGAGAAGAAAGAGCUCUCUGCACAGCAGGGGUCAGCUGCUGAGUGUCAACCAGAGGGCUCAUGUGCGAUGCGCUUGGCUGAUGAGCAGAAAUCACCAGAGGACGAAAUGAGUUUCGGUGCAGCGUGCAUUUUCCUGCGAGGGGGGAAAAAUAUUUCGAGAGAACUGGCUGACGAUGAGAUUGAUGAACUGCGUGAUGCUUUCAAUGAGUUUGACAAAGACAAGGAUGGGCUGAUCAGCUGUAAGGACCUUGGGAACCUGAUGAGGACAAUGGGUUACAUGCCCACUGAGAUGGAACUGAUUGAGCUCGGCCAAAAUAUUAAUAUGAACCUUGGUGGCAGAGUUGACUUUGAGGACUUUGUGGAACUUAUGGCCCCAAAGCUCCUGGCAGAGACAGCUGGGAUGAUUGGUGUAAAGGAACUCAAAGAUGCCUUUAAAGAGUUUGACAUGGAUGGAGAUGGAGAGAUUACAACAGAGGAGCUGCGGGCAGCCAUGACUAAGCUGAUGGGAGAACAAAUGAGCCGCAGAGAGAUCGAUGCUAUAGUGAAAGAAGCAGAUGACAAUGGAGACGGCACUGUAGACUUUGAGGAGUUCGUCCAAAUGAUGUCCCGUCAAUGAUGAUCAAGGACAACGCCAAUCAAAGUUUAUUUGCACCUUUACAAUCAUACAUUACUAUUGAUACUGUCUUCCUCUAAUACUCUCUGAUAGAUUGACUGUUACCAUUAAAAAUUUACUCUUAUGAAUUACUGAAAAGAAAAGAUCAAGCAGUUCUCAGAGGAUUUCAUUGCUAUGCAAAGAUUUAGUCAUGUAAUGACAUUUUUAUAAAUGCAAGAACUCAAAGACUCUGUAAAAGACUGGAAAUAUAUUGUGUUGUUGAUAUAUUGUAUAUAAGGCAAG